GUUAUAUGACGUUCAGACAGACUCAUAAAGUAGGCCUCCCCGUUCACACACAGAUCAUACAGCAUUAGACCUCAGUAUUUGACAGGAGAGAGGUAAAGAUGAUGUCUUGUAAAUUUCCUUUCACAGCUGAUAAGACUGUGAAGAACAGAGCACUGAUAGUGUCUGUGGAGAACUUCUGUUCAGAUGCAGGUCUGAACAAGAGGACCGGGGUGAAGAGAGACACUAGAAGACUUCACAAAAUCCUCACCAAGCUCGGCUUCUCUGUGGACAUCAGAAUGGACAUCGAAGCAAAUGAGAUCUAUGAAGCAUUUAAAGCAGAGAGCAAAAAGACGGUCAAAGACUGUUUUGUGGGCAUCAUAUCCAGUCACGGUGAGGAGGGUGUUGUGUUUGGCGCUGAUGGAUGUGCUGUGAAACUGGCAGAGGUCUACAGCUACUUUGGAGGCCCGUCAAUGGCAGACAAGAGCAAACUCUUCCUCAUCCAGGCUUGUCGAGGGCAUGGUUUGGAUGGAGGUGUGGAGGUGGAGGCUGAUUCUUCAUUCUCAGAGGAAGAGGACGGCAUGUCUGAGCUCUUUUCCAUUCCUAGUGACACAGCAGUCAUGUACGCCACAUCUCCAGGUUACGGUGCAUUCAUGCAUCCUCUGGGCUCGGUGUUGAUUCAAACCCUCUGUGAAUUGUUAGAAAAGGAAGGAGGUCCAGAUCUGGAGAUCACAAGACUUCUGACUCGAUUAAACUACCAGGUGGCCUACAACUUUGAAUCCAGAGGGAAACUGUUGGGCGCCAAAAAGCAGAUGCCAUGUUUUGUGACCCGCUUUACCAGAGAGGUUUUCCCAUUCAUGGACAGUCAGACGGCAGCAGCAGAAGAUUUGAGCUUGACCUUUGCAGCAACGAAGCUUAUCGAUGAACCCAGAAGAUCACGGAAGAGCUCCAUCAGCUGAAGAUCGCAGAACAGAGACUGACGGCAAAGAAUAUGUAGACAAACUGAUUCAUCUUAACUCUUCUAUAACAUCUCUCAAAGUAUCUCACAGGAGACUGAUAAUGAAUCUAGGGACUUCCUGUCAAGUAAAGUUUCAUGUCCAGCAGGAAAUGAGCGACUGGGAAAGUUGCAUGAUGUGAUGUGCUUUCUUAGCAUUCCAUUUAUGUUUUUUUUGCUAUUGCUACCUCAUUAUGUAUAUAUUCUACUUAUUCUUUAUAUACACUAUACUGUUCAAAAGUUUUAGGUCAUUAAAUUUUUUAAUGCUUUUGAAAGAAGUCUCUUCUGCUCACCAAGGAUGCAUUUAUUUGAUCAAAAAUAAAAUA